UUGUUAAAUAAAUUGAGAUGGGAAUUUGAAAUAAUCCCACAGGAGAAAAUAAUCGUUGAACUGCCAAAAACGAGACGAUAAUUUUUCAGUGCCCAAUAAUCCUGGCUGCCAAUCAACCUUCUUCCCAUUCCCGGCGCUUUCUGACGGAGUUUUUAUCCCCCCAUACAAAUUUGGCCUGAACAUCGGUGGAGCCUCACCUCACCACGACAUCUCGAACGACACACUCGACAACGCCGACAACGAGGGCAUAUCACUCCCCCCUUCCCAGCCUCGAUUUCCAUGAUAUCUUGAACUGAAGUUGCUAAGAGCGCUGGUUUGCUCCGUGUUAUAGCUUCAUCUCGUCCACUCUUUUUAAUCCCGGCUCUCCUAUUCUUCUGAUCGUUUUUCUUUGUUGUUUGCCCUUGGAGUAGGCAUUUUCCUCGAGCAUUGUCCGUCAAUCCUCCCUCCCGUCGAUCAAUCCGCCAACUAUCUACUUUGCGACACAGGUGGCGAACUUCCUACGUCGUCCUGGUAUUAAGCAAGCAAAUGCGGUUUUAGUCGUCCAGCAGCUUUUCAUAUCCAACAUGUGGAGAGGGUCAUCGAGAGAUUUUCUUUAUGCAGAACUUACCCUCUUCGCCGAUGACCCUGGCUUCUACCUAACUAUCCCAACAAUUUACAUUAAACUUCUAGCCUCUCCAAGGGCACUUUGAGCGAACCGCGAUGCUAUUCUUAGCUACUGAAAAAUGGCUGAAAAUCCGUUCACUCUGACUCCCGCGCUCCGCCUCCGUCCCUCCUCAGGCCUUCGAACUCCAUCACGCUCCCCUCCUCGAUCCCCGACCCGUUGCCGUUCCCGCUCUCCAGAACGAAAUUUCUCUUCCUUAAUCUGCACGCUAGAUCCAUUGCUUGCCAAUCUUUCGCCGGAAUCCACUCUCGAAGCAUUAGCAUCCACUGAUGCUGUGCGGACAAAUGGAAAGACCGCAGAGGGCAUACUCUCCAAAGCCAUUGCGGAAGCUUCAACCGCUGAACGUGCUUUAGCUGUUCGAGCUGCAGUGGCUGGGCAGAAUUUGAAGCAAUGGCAUGCAGAGGUGUUAGCAUGGGAGUGGCCGCAGAAGAAAGAUGCUGCCGCGGGCAAGGGCUUCAUCCCAGGGGGCAAAGACCGCGCUUGCAGUGAUGAUGGGUGGGAGCGAUACUUGGGCUGUCUUCCAGUCGCCAUUGUAGAGCAGCACGAGGACAGGAUUGAUGCGAUAAAGGCUGAGAUGGAAGCGUUGGAUGUGGAGGAACUGAAGGAACACGUCCUGAAUGCACAUAUCCCCUCUCGAUCACGACCGUCAUCUUCGAAUAGCACCUGGUCCACAAACAUGAAUACUCUGAGCUAUGUACAACUUAGCGAUUUCACGGCGGUAAUAACAGCUACUAUUCUCCAGGCACUGCCAUACCUUUCCAAGCUCAAUAUUCUCCUCAAUAUUUGGGACGUUCGUCUCACUGUACUACACCAAAUCCCCGAGCUACUGGAUGGCCUUGGGAGCACGAAGCGGGGCAUCGAUGGCGGACUGGACCGACUGAAAACAGGAUUGUUACCGGAAUUGGACGACCCCCUAUUUUCUAAGACCUCCUUCGAUUCUGCUCGUCACAAGCUGGAAAACAAGAUAUUAAUUGUGGGAAGUAAGAUGGAUCGCAUUCUUGAUUCUCUUGAAGGCCAAGAAGAUGCCCUCCCUGAGGCUUGGAUUGAUGAAAUGGAGGCUAUUGAAGCUGGGUUUGCGACUUGGGCCUUUGAAGCGGAGAAAAUGGUAUCCGAAAACGAUUUUAGGCGAUCAAGCCCGCCGCUACCUGAGUAUUCGACGCAGCCAACGGAGACUGAAAGGCCAGAAAAAGGUAGCCCGCAAGGCUUGACUACUCAGAGUACGGCUUCUCCGCCUGAGAAAGAUCAAAAGGACAAAGAUCAUAAUUCACUGGCGGUGAUGCAGCUUCCAAGUAUCCAUGUCAAACACGAGCUGCCCGCCACACCUUGUCGAACUGACCCGGUUCUGAAUGAGAGUCCUCCAGCAUCAACAGGUAUUCAACAGGCUCCUCCUUCCCCUCCGUUGAUACCGCAAGUCCAAGGGGCAGAGGAAGACGCAUCCCAAGUGAGAAUCCAAGAGAGUCCUCAUACAGAGUUCCCCAACGAUCCAGAACUCCAGCAGGAGAAUCGAAACCCUACACAAAGUGACUCGGACACUUCGUCAGCCUUGCCUUCUACGCCUACAACUUCCACUACUCAAGGACAAUUGACUAACCCGUCGUUUUCUGACACCGCUGAUCACCUGAUAUACGAGCAGAGCAUCGAUGCAUUAUCAAAUCCACCCAUUCAGCGGCUUGAAGACCAUUCCUCUGACGGAACUCCUUGGACUGAGACUUCAAUUUCUCGUGACAAACCCUGCUCAGGGGUGAUAGAGACCCCUAAAAACACUAGAAACUAUCCCGAUACUACAGGAGAACAAAACCUCUCUGGAGAACCUAUCGAGAUCAAUGCAUCAUUACAUUCCCCUUCGCGAUCUAAGAUUACCGAUCCAGCUUCCCCGCAGUCGCCGGCACCCAAAGCAUCGCCUAGCCAGGCCAGCCCUUUCAACGUUACUAAUACAUGGAUAUCAUCUUCUCCUACAAGUGCUGAGUUGAGCCCCCGCAGCACUACCAAGAACAGGCCAGAAGGUCUUAAACUGGACAUCUCUGCGCGUCGAGAUUCAAUUGUUUCUAUCGCUUCAACUGUAGGUUCGGGGUUCUCGUAUGGCUCCGAUCCUGAGAUUAAGGACGCUCAAGUAGCAACCGCUCAUGGCAGUCCUAUCAUAGUUGAAUCUCCGAGUGGCUUUCUCACAACUGGUUCUAAGGCUCCCUGGGCUCUCGGGCAUGGCGGAAAUAUUCUGUCACGAACAAAAUCCGCAGAAUUAAAAAAUAGAAACACUAGUUCUUCCCGACCUGCAGUCCAACGGACCAUGAGCCUACCACUCGAGCGGUUCGUGGAUGGAGAUCCUCAGGAUGUUCACGAAAUGGGCGAUCCCAAUGAAUCAAAACAUCAAUCCGAGGUCAAACAGGCAUCUUCUGCGUCCAUUGGGGUUUUACCAAAAACCGAACUGCGCAGUAUCAUAGUCUCAAACAGGCUUAGUAUGGGACCUACAAACGGACAGAGACCUGCGCCAAAUCUUCGCCGCUCUGUUUCUUCUCUAGCUCUAUCAUCCAUAAAUCGAAUUAGCAACAGGUCUCUAGGCGUCAACCCCAACUAUCCCCGUGGACCACGCAUAUCAACCUCAACUGAGUCGCUUCCGUCGACUGCCGAAGAACCAUCGCCAUCAAUACAUAUUUCGCACAGCAAAAAUGAAGUCGUUCAAACUCAGGACACCCCUACCCCGCCUCCAAUCCUUCCACGCAGGUCCAGCAAGCGACUUUCUAGACUUCUCAGUCCAGUCACAUGUAUUUCAACACAUAAAGAGAAAAACGCUGCAUCGACUACUCACGCUACCACACAACCUAGAAAUGCAGCUGCCGAUUCUGCGGCAUCGCCUUCUGUUAACGCUCCUAGAUCGCCUGAAGAUCAAUUAGAUGAGAAAAUAAAUUCCAUACUUACCACAAUUCCCACCCGAAUCCAUCUAGCCUCGACUCCAGAGAGUACUAAGAGUACUAAAAGCACUCCUCGUGCGUCGGAACCUUCGUACUCAACCCCAAAAAGAGAUCGUUUACAAUCACAAUCCCCAAUGUCAAGUCGCAGCAAUACCCCUACGCCAUCACUCACCCUGACACCAGCCUUCGGCCGUUCGCGACGAACGCACACAUACCACGAUGACGGGUCUGCAGUUAGACUCUACCAUCUGCAUCGUCCUGGUAAAGCAGCCCCCCUCAAGCUCUUUGUUCGUUCAGUCGGUGAAGAUGGAGAACGAGUCAUGGUGCGAGUUGGCGGUGGAUGGGCUGAUUUAGGAGAAUAUCUUCGAGAAUACGCCGUCCACCACGGUCGGCGAAAUGUCUCAGACGCGAAAUUUGAAGUCCGCGGCCUUCCCAACCAUAACACCUCGCCCAACUAUUCCACACAGAACAAACAAGUCCCUAGCACCGGCCGUUCGACCCCUGUAUCCCGCCCUGGCUCCGCCUUCGACAUCCGCCCACCCUCUUCACUCACCGUCCGCAAAGCCCGUCGAUCCAUGGCAAACCACUCUGAACUCCCAAAUCUCACAUCCGCAAACAUCGAAAAGGCCUCCGAAGGAUCCUCUUCUACCGGUGGCGGGCCUCUUUCUUUUCUCUCAUCCGCACGCCGCAGGCUCUCCACAUCAUCAAACGCAUCCAUGAGCGUCGCCUCCGCCUAUGGCGGCGAAGGCCAACAAUUCGUCUCCACGCCCCUCGGCCUCGCAGGCCCGAAUCCCAAAUCCAGACGAGUAUCAAUCAGCCCCGAGAGCGAGGCCUGGGUGGAAGAUGUUGUCGGACGUGCCCGACGCACCUCUGCCACAUUAAGAACCGAGCGCUCCUAUGGGAACCUCAGGCGGUUUCGACCGAAUGUUUUGCAGGAGGAUGCGCUCCGGGACCGAGCUGAUGGCGGUCAGAGGAGCGUUAGUGAUACAGGUGGUGGUGGGAAUAAACGGGUGUAUCUGCGGGGACUGGGGAGGGAAUGAAUGAUAUUUGAAAUCAACCCUCGAGCGGGCGGGGAGCUAGGCUAUAUAUUACCUUGCAUUUUUAUGGGAUACAUUCGUUUGUGUAAUCCCCUUUUCACUUUUUUUGCUCUAACUUUUAAGGACUCGGGACUCUUGGAUUUCUAGGGAGGAAUGGUAGGUUAUGGGUUGGAUGGAUGGAUGGAAUGGAAAUGGAAAUGGACGGAUUUUGAUUUUUACUGUGGAAAAGGGGCGAUUUUGAGCGAUUUUUGAGCCAUUUGAUUGAACCUGACUGAUUGACGUUACGUUUGUAUGGACGGCGGCCCCCUCCAUUUCCUUAGCCACUUGAAGGUUUAUCCCCUGUCUCCGUUUUGGUAUUUUGAUUCCCUUCUCCCGUUCUCUGUCAAUAUUUGCUUCCGCGUCGCUCACCACAGCGUUUCCUUGCCCUGCAUUUGCUUCUUUGAUGUUUCUUCUUUGUCCAACUCUUCCACUCAUCUUCAAUUUUUCUCCUUGCCAUUUUACUUUGUUGGUUUUUCUUUUCGUUCUCAAUUUUUUUUUCCUUCCUUGUUUUUCUUCUUCAUUUUUUCGUCUUAUUUCUACUUCAUUUUUUCGUCUUAUUUCUACUUCAUUUUUUCGUCUCAUUUCUACUUCAUUUUUAAUUCAUGCACACUCCGGCGUUUUACUUCUUUUGUUCUUAAUAUUUUUCUUUUCUUUUUUUCCCCUUUUCACAAAUCUAUUCUCCAACAUAGAGGCAACAGGUCUGUCUAACUCCUUUUUUCUUCUUUCUUCUUCUUUUUUUCCUUUUAAUAUUUUGUUUAAUUCAUUUCUUGUUCGCCCUAUCGCUUUCUAUUAGUCCUUGCAUCUCACAUUUCUUCUUUUCAAUAGAAUAAUAUAUAUAGAUAUAUAUUAUACUACAAUCAACAACAGGUUUUAGUUCA